AUGUCUCCUGAGUUAGUAGCGGAAAAGUUAUACAGUGACAGCAUUUUAACUCUAGAGAUGAAAGAAGUUGUAUUAGCACAACUUACUCGAUUUGCCAAGACCAGAAAGAUCUUAGAGUAUCUACCAAGACGAGGAAAGAGGGCUUUUUUUUCAUUCUGCCACGCACUGGAAGAAACAGGACAAUCUGAGCUUGCCAACACAUUGCGACAAGGUGUAUUCAGCAACGCAAGAGAACCUACCAACAACCCAACAACUUCCAGUCCUAACAAUAACAAGAAGACGUAUACGCAAUUAUGUCAGUUUCAUCUAGGAGGUGAAAUCUAUGUCACAGGCAGCCUAUGCGAGAACGACAACGUUAUACAGAUUCACAUUCGUCAGUAUGGUGGAGAAAAUCGUAAACCCUAUCCUACCAAGAAAGGUGUUACGCUGUCCUUAAAAGAGUGGCUCGUGUUAGAGGGAUUUCUUAACGGUAUGGAAGCAGCUUUGAUAAAGUAUUGCGAACGUGAUUGCGAAGAGAAAUGGCAUCUGGGCAGUAAUAUUUACAUUACUGCUUCAAAAGAAUUCCCGCUAUUGGAUUUCCGCCAUUUUUGGAAACCAGACCCUAAUGGAGACUUCGUCCCUACUACAAGAGGUGUGAAACUCAACCGAGCAAAGCUACAAAAUCUGAAAAAUGUGACAUCAAUCAUCAGGGAUUACAUUCCUCAGCUUAUGUUCCAGGACCAUACGGAGUACCCCAUUCUCCCUACUAGUAUUGACUUUCAGUCUUUAGAAGGCCUUCUUAGCAUUUCAGAUGAAAAUUUCUGA